UUUGCCGUCGUCAUGGAGUUCACCAAGCGCCAAUUGAGACUCUCACUCUUUACUGCCACGUUCUUUAGACUUUGCCACUCUACAGCUACUCUGGAGCAAUGGCAAACCUUGAAUGCAACAUUGGGGGGUAGACUCCACGCUGGUGUGCCCAUUGCCGAAUCAUGUUUCAGUCAGGAAGGCUAUCAUUCGAGUACCUACAUCACUGGCCAGUUUGGUGGCUACACCAACGCAAACUGGGCGACUUGCCAGAAGACUGCCCAAGGGUGCUCUUUGGACUGGCUAGAUCCAUUCAACUCCACCGUCUUUGCAACCGGACAAGUUUGCCACCAGGGCAGCGUCCCACCCUUCUACAUCGAUGUGAGGAACGUUUCGGAUAUUCAGGCAGGCCUCAAGUUCGCCAAGAUAACAGGGACACCCUUAACUAUCAAGAACACAGGGCAUGACUACCAGGGAAGAAGCUCGGCGCCGGGGUCUCUUGCCUUGUGGACACACAAUAUUAGGCCAGAAAUCAAGCUUGCUAACGAGUUCAUCCCCGAGGGAUGCUCGGCGCCGGUACAAGGGAAAGCAGUGACGUUUGGUGCUGGCCAACAAUUUGGUGGUUUGUAUGAUUUUGGCAACCAGAACAACGUGACAAUUAUUGGGGGAAUCUCCUCUACCGUCGGCACGGCGGGUGGAUGGAUUGCCGGAGGUGGCCAUAGCCAGAUCUCUAACGCGUUCGGACUAGGUGUCGACAAUGUUCUGCAGAUCAAGACUGUCCUUCCUAACGGAACACUCAUUACUGCCAACGAGUGCCAGAACCAGGACAUGUGGUUCGCACUGAGAGGUGGUGGAGGAGGCACAUUCGGGGUCAACUACGAGAUGACAUCCAAAGCUUGGCCUGUGACCAGUCUUCGCGUCGCCUUCGUGACAUUCGACUCGUCACACCCCACAACCACGUCCACGUUCCUCUCCAUCAUGAUUGAAAACGCAAGUCGAUGGGCGAAAGAGGGCUGGUCUGGUCACUUCUACGGCGGCGCAAAUUACUCGCAAGCCUCGGGCUACAUUCUCGCGACCCCUCUCCUCAGCAAAGAUGAAGCCAGCGCAUCCAUGCAACCCGUUUUCGACAAGCUAUCCGCAUCGCUCGGCAAUGUAACCCUCACCGCCGAGAUGAGGAACUACGACACUUUUUACGAUUUCUACGAGGAAAUCCUUCUGCCUGCCGGUCAGCAAAUCGGCGUUGCAACGGCCUUUGGUGGCCGACUCGUCCCAUCGUCUUCCUUCGAAGGCGCCGAGAACCAAGCCAAGCUUCGCGAUGCACUCUUGUCCGUCAAAGCCAUCCUCACCUACCCGACUCGCAACACCACCGACCCAAAUGUAGUCAAAUACGGCGCCCCCUUCGUUGUGCAAGCCGUCAGCCCUAACAAUUACCCCACCACAGCCGCCAACGACACUUCCUCCAUCCCGCCCGUCUGGCGCGACAGCAUCUGGAACGUCGUUGCCAAUCUUCCUUUCUCAAACCAAGCCAGCGCCGACGAAAUCCAGCGCGCCUUCCAAGGAGGCCACGAGGCGGCUGAAGUCCUGCGCGAAGCUAUGCCAGAUAGCGCCGCCUACUCGAACGAGGCGGAUCUGUACGAGACGAACUAUACGACCUCUUUUUGGGGUGAGAAGAAUUACGAGAGGUUGCUUUCUAUCAAGAAGGAGAUUGACCCUGAUAAUCUGCUGACGUGCUGGCAUUGUGUCGGGUGGAAUCCCGAUGAUGCCAAGUACGGAUGCUACCCUACGCUGAGUGCUUGAUUCAAUCGCCACUUCCGCAGGCAUCCUACGUACCAAUAACAAUCCAAAACCA